GGAGCCGGAGCCGGAGCUGGAGCAGUAGCGGAGCUUAACCGCCACCGCCUCUUGGUCUCAGCAGCCGCCUCCUUCCCUGUCCGGACCGGUCUUGGGGCGGCAGCAAUCGCAGCCUCCGGUCCAGUCCAGCUUGGGCCAGCUCGAACCUAGAGCCCGGCCCAGUAUGGCAGCAGAGGCCCUUGUCCCCGGUCCCAGUCGUUUCCCGGCCCGGUGCAGCGCCCAACUCCGCCUCUGAAGGACUCCCGACGGCGGUCCCCGAGAGCCCGGCGUCCCUGCUCCCAGUCCGCUUCCCUUACACUAGUUGAACUGCGGCCCGGACUUCCCGGAUCCCCCAAGUUCUGCACCCCUCUGCCUCUCUCUGCCUUCCUCCGCCGGACACCCCGAUCUCCAGCAACCGAAUCCCGUUCGCACAGCACCCUCGAGUUCCAUCACCCGGAUCCUUCAGCCUUGCGCCAGCCAUCCCCUCAGCCCUUUCUCCUCCCCCUCUUCCAGCACUAAUCUUCUACCCCCACUUCACCUCCUCUCGUCCCGCAUCCUCGGCCCCUCCAGGGCCCAGAUCCCCGCUGGCCUCCUAUCCUUUCCCGAGCUCUCUAGUUCCAAGACCUGGGAUUCCCGAGUCUUCCUCCAUUCCCGGGAUCGGGGUUCCUCGUAGUCGCCCCCGCCACCUCCACUCCCCCUGAGCUCGCGCCCCCAGCGGCGGCGCCAUGGCCAAGGACCAACUGCGGCCCCGGCUGUGCCGGAUGAUUAAGGGCGAGCAGGGCUACGGUUUCCACCUGCACGGAGAGAAGGGCAAGAGCGGCCAGUUCAUUCGCAAGGUGGAGCCGGGCUCCCCGGCGGAGGCGGCGGCUCUGCGCGCAGGGGACCGACUGGUGGAGGUGAAUGGGGUCAACGUGGAGAAGGAGACGCACCUCCAGGUUGUGCAGAGGAUCAAAGCCAUAGAGGGUGAGACCCGGCUCCUGGUGGUGGACAAAGAGACAGAUGAGUACCUGGCCAGCCUGCAUCUGACUUGCACAGAAGAGAUGGCUCAUCACGGGGUUCUGCCUUCAGCUCCCACGUCCCCCCAGGAUAAUGGCAACUUGUGGGAGCCUCAGCCUGAGACCCGGCCUCCCAGGGCUAUGGGGGGCAGCUUCAGCAGCCAGAAGGAUGUGCCUGGAACUCCCCGGGAGCUGCGCCCACGUCUCUGCCACCUCCACAAAGGCCCCAACGGCUACGGCUUCAAUCUGCACAGCGAGAAGUCCCGGCCCGGCCAGUACAUUCGUGCCGUGGAUGCCGGCUCACCCGCUGCCCACUCUGGCCUUCGAGCCCAGGACCGGCUAAUCGAGGUAAAUGGCCGAAAUGUGGAGGGACUUCGUCAUGCUGAAGUUGUGUCCAGCAUCAAGGCCCACGAAGACGAGGCCCGGCUGCUUGUGGUUGACCCUGAGACGGAUGCCUAUUUCAAGAGGCUACGGGUGGUGCCUACUGAAGAACAUGUUACGGGUCCACUGCCUUCCUUGAUUACCAACGGGAUGAGCCCACCCCAGAUCAAUGGUGGCUCUACUUGCUCAUCUCGGAGUGACCUGCAGAAUGUGGACAAGGACACAGAGGACAAUGACAUGGCCAAGAGGGACCCAUUCCAGGAGAGUGGGCUCCACCUAAGCCCCACGGCGGCAGAAGCCAAGGAGAAGGCCCGGGCCAAGCGAGUCAACAAGAGAGCACCGCAGAUGGACUGGAACAAGAAGCGAGAGAUUUUCAGCAACUUCUGAACCCUUGUUCCUUCCCCACCCCCACAGCCAGCGGCUCCUCCUGCUUCUCCCUGAAGGAAGGGAACUAGGGAACUCCCUGCCAGGAGACACAGGCUUUGAGCUCAAAGGCCCCCACCCCCUUCCUGAGGCCAGGGCUUCAGUAGCAUCUCCAACCUGUGUCUGAGGAGCCUCCGCCCAGGUUGGGAUGUGUGUGUGUAUGUGUGUGCAUGCUCAUGCGCGGGGAGGGGGGGCUUCCUCUUUGUCCCAAGGAUUUGGCCUGGUCUGUUCUCCCCACCAACUCCC